GAGGCAUAUCGGCGUGAGUCAACACUACCUUACAUACUGCUGCCAAAGUAUCGCGAAAAGCCUCAAAAGCCCCAAUUUGCAUUUGUAAGCCAGAAACGGGGUAUUCCAACUCUGAGACUAAGGAAAAGAAACAUAAGUGUCAAACUCCAGACCAACGUGGUUUCGCUUGCUUCAUGCCGAUCAGACUCCCACCAAACAUACCUCGAAGCUUCUCUUCUUCAGCCCGACUUCGGUCCUUUUCUUCACCAAAGACCCGACCUUACACAACAAGGCGCGGCAUUGAGCAUCGCAAGCCCCUUUUGAUUUCACCUUCCAUUCUCAGACCUAAAUUAGAAGGCGCCUGCUAUACCACAUCAGCCAUGGAUGCCACCAAACCCCACACAAAUGGAGUGUCAACUUCAAAGCCUGUGCUGUUUUUUGACAUUGAUAACUGCCUCUACCCGAGGAGUUCAAAGGUCCAGGACCACAUGGCACAGCUAAUUGACGAGUACUUCGUAAAGCACCUUUCCCUCCAGUGGGACGAUGCCGUGAAAUUGCACAAGGAGUAUUACACCAACUACGGCCUUGCGAUUGAAGGUCUGGUUCGCCACCAUGAGAUUGACCCUCUAGAGUACAAUGCCCAGGUCGACGACGCCCUACCUCUUGAGGACAUCCUCAGUCCGAACCCUGAGCUGCGUGAACUGCUCGAAGAUGUCGAUAAGAGCAAGUGUACCAUGUGGCUUCUCACCAAUGCCUACGUAAACCACGCUAAGCGCGUGACCAAGCUGCUGGGUAUUGACGAUCUCUUUGAUGGACUCACUUUCUGCGACUAUGGACAGGCACCGCUUGUCUGCAAGCCUGCCAAGGAGAUGUACUUGAGGGCUAUGCGUGAAGCGGGCGUCGAGAAGAUGGAGGAUUGCUACUUUGUCGACGACUCUUACCUGAACUGCCAAAAGGCCCAGGGCUAUGGGUGGAACGUAGCCCAUCUCGUCGAGGAGGAUCUCCCUGUGCCGAAGACACCUGCAUCCGCUCAUCAGAUCCGUCACCUCAGGGAGCUGCGAGACGCCUUUCCUCAAUUCUUCAAGUCCAAGAAUGCUUAGACUAUUACAACCAGGGACAAUGAUUGAACGACAGUGGACAGAAAUUAAUAGAAGGCGAAGGAGGAUACAAACCAGAGAGAUAAAAGGCUCGGAAACACAUUUUUUGUGUUGGAUUGGGUAUCGCUAAUUCAUAGAUAUCCUUAAACUUGAAUACCCCCUGUUUGACCCAUUUUCAACGCCCAAAACACCCCAAAUGCAAUGCUAUCCUGGUGAUCGAUGUGAUGGUUCAUGGUCGUCGAACGCUUCUAAUCACUUCAUCAAGCUUCGCCAGAAUCUGGUCCUUCUCUCGUAUCGCAUCCUGCCUCUGACUCUCUGCGACCUUGAGCUCAUCUUCCAGCUCCUGAAUAUAGCGCUCCUGGUCGGCUUCGCUGCUGUCCAAGCCCGGCAGGCUGGAAAUAAGGACCUCUAUUUGCUGUUCCCUGAUGAUGAGGUCGCGCGACAGCUCGGCUAGGCCGUCCUUGAAUUCGUCUGCGGGGAGAGGGUCGACUGCGAGCGGGCUUG